CCAUUCAAUCUCUGGGAGAAGAUAUUUCCUCUUCUUUACCCACAUACUUCACCAUUUAAUUUCCCUUUAUAAAUUCAAGUCUUUCAAUUCACAGCUACUCAUCUGCACUCUCAACUUUUCUAGCUUAAUUUCCUUUAAUUUACUCCCUUCAUCUGUCCUGCAUCCAUGGCAACCCCAACUAUUGGUCUUGAAUCCCUCCCUUGGGAGUAUGAUGUGUUCCUGAGUUUCAGAGGCGAGGAUACUCGUAAGACGUUCACCGGUCAUCUUUAUACUGCUUUGCAUCAUGCCACAAUUAACACAUUCAUAGAUGAUGAGGAGCUCAAAAGAGGAGAAUAUCUCGCGCCUGCAUUCACUAGAGCAAUCCAAAGUUCGAGAAUCUCUAUGAUAAUCUUCUCCAAAAAUUAUGCCUCAUCUAAGUGGUGCCUUGAGGAGCUGGUGCAAAUCCUUGAGUGCAAGGAGAAGGGAAAACAGUUAGUCUAUCCUAUUUUUUAUGACGUUGAUCCAUCUGAAGUGCGCAAUCAACGUGAUGUCUAUGGGCUGGCCUUGGCAGAGCAUGAAAAAAAAUUUGUUGAAAAAAAAAUUGAUGGAAAGGAUAAGAUACAGAAAUGGAAAGAUGCUCUAACUAAAGUUGGAAACAUGUCGGGUUGGCAUUUGCAAGGAAUCGCCAAUGGGUAUGAAGCAAAAUUCAUUGAUGAAAUUAUCAACGAAGUCAAAUCGGUAGUAAAGCGAGUACCCAUGCUUGUUUCCAAUCAUGUGGUUGGAAUUGAAUCUCAAGUUAAGCACGUGGUCCGUUCCAUGUGGCGGGAGCGGGACAAUAGUGUUCGCAUGAUUGGAAUAUAUGGGGUAGAUGGUAUGGGAAAGACUACUCUAGCUCGAGUUCUUUAUAACAAAUUUUUUGAAUAUUUUGAGAGGAGUUGCUUUCUUGAGAUAAGUUCAGAUGAUACAAAGAUAAGAAUUUUACAAGAAAGGUUUCUUAGUGUCCUUCUUAAUAGGAAGGACAUUAAAGUUAACAGUGAGGGUGAAGGAAUGAUGUUUAUAAAAAAUUGGCUUCAGACAAAAAAGUGUCUCGUUGUUCUUGAUAAUUUAGAGGAUAGAGACCAGUUUAAAGCACUAUGUGGAGAACGAUAUUGGUUUGGUGCAGGAAGUAGAAUUAUUCUAACAACCAGAGAUGCACAGUUGUUGAAUGAAUUGGAAAAAGGUGAACGGUAUGAAAUCAAGGCAUUGGAUCAUGAGCGGUCCUUGCAGCUCUUUAGUCAUCAUGCAUUUAAAGGGUGUUUUUUAUCAAAAGAAGAUUAUAUUGAGAUUUUAGAUGACAUGGUGGUUUAUUGUGAGGGGAUGCCAUUAGCUCUUGAAGUGAUAGGAGCUUCUUUGUGUAAUGAAUCAAAGGAGCAAUGGAUGAAUACUUUUGAGAAAUUGAAGAAAAUUCCUAAUAAGAAAGUCCUUGCUAAACUCAAAAUUAGUUUUGAUGGACUUCAUUAUAGUAUAAAAUCUCUUUUUCUUGAUCUUGUUUGUUUCUCUAAUGGAGUUUCCAAAGAGACAAUUAAUAGAAUGGGAUAUUCCACAGAAAUUCAAAGCUUGGUUGGCAAAUGCUUAAUAAAAUGUUCAGAAUCUUGGAUUAGUAUGCAUAGCUUAAUUCAAGAUAUGGGAAGAGAAAUUAUUUGUGAAGAAUCACCCAACAAUCCAAGUAAACGCAGUCGAUUGUGGUGUCCUAAUGAUAUUCAUGAUGUGCUUAUAGGACAAAAGGGUACCGAAAAUAUUGAGGUGAUUGUAUUCAAUGAGUCACCCAUAGAAAACAUGAAGUAUAGUACAGAAGCAUUUAAGAACAUGGAGAAUUUAAGAUUUCUUCGAAUCAAGGGAGAGCGCAUUCACAUUGAUGGAACGUUCAAACAUCUAUCCAAAAAGCUUAGAUGUUUGGAAUGGGAUUACUGUCCUUUGAAAUAUAUUAAUAUUUCAUCUAACAGUUAUUUUGGGAAGCUUGUGAUGUUGGAAUUGGUGCGGAGCAACAUCAAAGAAUUUCAAGCCCCAUUAAAGUAUUUUCCAUGUCUGGAGUCUCUAGAUCUCAGUUUCUCCAAAUAUCUCACAAAAACUCCAGACUUCAGUGGCGCUCAAAGGCUUCAUACGCUGUCGUUUUGGCAAUGCAAAAAUUUGGUGAAUGUGCACUCUUCCCUCGGAGAGUUGGUGAGUCUAAAAGUGUUAAAGUUUGGUUGGUGUUCAAAGCUGAGGAAACUUCCAAAUAAUCUAUGCCAGUUAUUGAAGCUUGAAUCAAUUGAUUUGCAACACUGCAAGAAACUACAAGUACUCCCAAAACUCCCUCAUAGUGUUAACAGAUGGUCUUUGAUUAAUUGCGUGAACCUAAGCAUGAUUGAAGAGUUCCCUCCUUUUACUGAUAUUGAUUUAUGUGAUUGCAAAAACCUUGAAAAGCUCCCACAACUCCCUCCUGAUCUUGAGAGAGUCGAUUUAAGUGGCUGUGAAAAGCUAAAAAUGCUCCCAGAAUUCCCUCACAGUGUUAAAAACAUCAAAUUACUUGGCUGUAAAAAGCUUAAAGUGCUCCCACAACUUCCUCACAAUCUUGAGUGGAUUGAUUUAAGUGGCUGUGAAAAGCUAAAAAUGCUUCCAUUGCUCCCUCCCAAUCUUAGCUCUAUCACUUUAAAUGUCUGUGCAAAACUAAAGAUGCUCCCAGAACUUCCUCAGAAACUCCGAACUCUUGAAGCUAAAAAUUGCGUGUCACUGGAAAAAGUACCAAACUUAUCAAACAAUACGAGUUUAUAUGGGUUGGAUUUCAGUGGCUGUGGAAAGUUGAAGGAGAUUCCAGGUUGGGAGAGUCUCCCCCUCUUGAUGUUGAAUUUAGGAGGUAUUCCACAUAUCCUUGUCUCGCACACCAUUAAGGAGCUCUUAACAAGUUCAAAGUUGAUGUCUCGUUUUACAUGUACUCUUACAUGUAAUGAAAUUCCAAGUUGGAUUGGAUGUACCGAAGAAGGAUGGGCAUUAUCUUUUCAAUGGCCAUUAUGCGAUGCAGAGGACUAUACAUCAUCGCCAUUUCUUGGAUUAUUUUUUUGGGUGGUAUUCAAACCUCAACCAAUCCCAGAAAUUAAUCGUGGCGGCGAAGAUCUCGUCACAAUCCAAAUUAAUGGUAUUAAUGUCAAUAUGUUUGUCCGUAAUAUCCAAUUAGAAGCGGAAGAAAUAUCGUUUUUGCAUUGGAGUCCAAGGCAACAUUGGAGCAGUCGUAGGUUAUGUAUAUGUUUAGACAAUGUAAAAGGUGGGGACGUCAUGACAAUUGCUCUUAAAACAUCAAUUGGACCAAGUAUAGUGAAGAAAAUAGGAGUUGCAGCAUUGUACAAAGACGAUGAUGGCCUCAGACACUUUGUACCUAUCACUAAAGUUGGGUUAAACACCAAGAACUUGAAAGGACAUGUACACUAGCUAGCUUUCAUAGCCCAAUAUGAGACCCAAAAAAACUCUGAUCUCUUUUCUUUUUUUUUUUUUUUUUUUUUUGUUAAUAACCUUAGCUUCCACAAUUUUGAUGUGUUCGUUUUCAUUGAUAAUUAAGAGCAACAUAUGUAUUCAGUGUCAACUACCAUGCAAUGUGAUGGCAUCUUGAUUACCAUUUCAAA